GUGGAAGGACUCAGAAUGUCCGAACCCCCGGCUCUGGGUCCGCGAAAAUGGCGACAAUAUACUGCGGCAAUAACUAUAAACCUGUCAGCGGUGGCAACAGGUUUGUCGAUCGGUUGGACUUCACCGACGAUAGCACAUCUGCAAGACGAGAAAACCCCAGUUCUGAACGAGUCCUUGACUCAGGACGAGAUUUCCUGGGUGACAGCGAUUUUCUGCGUCUCCCCGAUAUUCCCUCUGCCCCUGUGCAAUCCUCUGUCUGAUAAAUUUGGUAGAAAAAUAUUUGCCAGCCUGAUAGCAGUGCCAGCAGGAUUAUCCUGGCUCCUGACAAUCCUAGCGAGGGACCUGGUUUGCUUGGUGAUCGCCAGAGUCCUCGCUGGCUUGGCUGUUGGCAUGACAGUAUUUAUUGUGCCAAUGUACGUCUCUGAAAUCGCCAGUGACGAGGUCCGAGGUGUUCUCGGUAGUUUUCUGAUGUUCGCCCUCAACAUUGGAAUCCUCCUGGGGUUCGUCUUCGGUGUUGCCAUGUCCUAUCAGAUGUUCGCCAUUUGUGGACUCACACUACCGAUUUUAUUCGUCUGCGCCUUCGCCUUCAUGCCUGAGACACCGAUUUAUCUCCUGCGGAAAAAUCGUCACGAUGCCGCGACAAGGUCCCUCAUGUGGCUCUGGGACAACGAAAAAAUGAUAGUCGAUCGCGAGCUCCUGAAGCUUCAGGAAACCCUGAAAAAAGACGAGAGGUCCGGAAAAUCCGUGAGCUUCCGUGAUCUUUGGGGGAAUCGUGGGACCACCAGGGGUUUCUUGAUAGCAUUGGCUCUUCUUCCUGGACAGCAGACUUCAGGAAUUGCCGUUGUCUUCAUGUACACCGCGACUAUCUUCCGAUUGGCGGGAUCAUCCCUGGACCCGGACUCUGCAGCAAUAAUUUUGGCAGGGAUGCAGGUGGUGGGAUCACUCCUGGCGACGAUGGCGAUAGAAAGAGCUGGAAGAAGACCUCUUCUUCUGAUUUCCACCGGAGGAAUGGCUAUUUCCCACGGUUUCCUCGGUGUAUUCCUUCUGCUCCAGUCUCAGGGCCACGACAUCAGCUCCUUCAACUGGCUUCCCGUUGUUAUUUUAUCAUCUUACACUAUUUUUUACUGCAUCGGGAUCGGUCCAGUGGCAUUUGUCGUCUCGAUGGAGGUCCUCACCCCUGACAUCGCAGGUCUCGCCAACUCUCUGGCUGUUGCCCUCAUGUGGAUCAUGUCCUUUGUCACUGUCAAGGGUUUUCCUGUCACCAGCGAGGUCAUUGGAAAUUAUGGAUGCUUUUUUGUGCUCGCGGUCUUCUGCUCGUGCACUUUUCUGUUCACAUAUUUUUUCGUUCCUGAGACCAAAGGGAAGACCAUCGAAUCUAUAAUUGAAGAGCUGAAUGGGGGAGUCCAGUCGACAAAGAGCGAUAUGAAUAAAGAACGUACUGCACCUUGAGGAGUAUUUUAACGAUUUUUUUUUACUCCCCAAAUUUUUAUUUUAAUCGUGUGAAUGUUUUAUUUAAAAAUUCACAGAAAUGUAACGUGAAUAUUACUAAUUAUUACUAAUUAUUUAUUGAAUUCAAAGGAUUUCAUUGAUAAACAUUUCUGCUCUUUCUCGAAA